AUGGCGGACCAUCUACAGGUCACGAUUCGCGAUUCUACUGCAUUAUUUUCGGGACAUCUCACGUCGGAAUGGACGCGCACGAAAGAGAGAGCGCCAUCCGGGCUUCGCGAAGCCUACAAAGAAGCGCUUUCUGCACCGCCCUCAACAUCACCACGAAUCUUUCUGGACGCGGGUAUCUCAGCCUGGCUUGCAUACUUCCUCGCGACUACUGGCCAUGGCCAUCAUUACAAGGGACAGCUUGCUGAUCUGACAACGAUUAAAGCGUUCGAGAGCCUCUCCACUGCAGAUAAAGAGAAAGUUGCGACUCAGCUCGUUAAGACUAGCGUUCACCACACCAUCACGCCUGUGAUAUCUAAGAUACAGCCGGGCCCCCCCCAGAAACGGCGCACGGGACUCAUGCCAACGACCAUGCAACCCUCAAGCCAGACGCACAGCCUCGAAGGGAAUCUUCAAACGUCCUCCGAUACUUCUCGAGAGAACACCGCAGAACCCCAAUACACACCCAUCUCACUUCCGAUCGAAAGUCUGACAGCGACAUCCACAUCUUCCGUCCAGCAAUCGGUCUCAGACCCAGCUACCAGUCGUAUCGCUCACGUCUUCCCUCAGUACAUGUGUGGCGCGAUUAGAAAGAAGGGAGGGGAUACAGCCACCAUCACAAUAGUAUUUCCACGCUCUCCUAAUGGUGAUGUCAGUUGCUAUAUGUGUUUGGGUAUUAUGGCGAACAAAAUUCAGUAUAUUGCGAUGGAGUUAUUCGGCACACAUUUAGAGACGGAUGGUAGACUGUGGAAUAUAUUUCAGGAAAAUGGAGGGAGAGUCAUUCCACAUACAGUGGAUAUACAAGAUGCUCAAGAGAAAGGUACUACCAAGUUGCUUGGUGCCGAGACGUGUCAUGCAAUUGCUAUGAGUCCAAUACGAAAGGAAGAAGUAAAGCAAGGGAUUCUUGAUACAGCUUGUGUGACCCUGCGAAUCACCAGCAAUUGUCAUGAUGAUGGCAUUUUAAGCCUGAACCUGGGAUUAGAAGAAGGGUUUCGACUAAAAGAAAUGUUAUUUGGAUAA